AUGCCUUUCGUAGCCGUCACCACCAACGUCCAAUCCAUUCUGGCUGAUCCGAACAAGGCUGCUAUUGUGUUUACUGACGUCGUAGCGAAUGCUCUCGGCAAGCCGAAGAAUUUCAUCACUGUCCAAGUCGUCUCUGCUGCUGGCUUUGUUGUUGGCGGACACGUGGCUGAUGGCGUCUCAGUGGAGAUCUACUCAAUCGGUGGAGGAUUGAAAGGCAAGAUGUGCGAUGCCAUAUAUGAGACCCUACACACAGAGUUUGGAGUGGAGGCUGCGCAGGCCGUGGUGAGGUUCCACAAUCUGGAUCCCGCUGAGUAUGCGAUGAAUGGGAAAACCUUUCGUGUGAACCUAUGUUGA